UCUGCUGCUGUUAUUAAUGCUCAUGUGACCGGCUUAUUUUGUUUACUUACAUCAGCUUAUUAAAAAAAAAGAAGUCGUUGUUCAAUCUCUUUGAAUUACACUGGCGUAGCUAGAAAUGGAGGCUUCUAUAUUUGACAAAAUCCAGCCUCUUGUAACCAGCCUUAAGAAUGAACUGGUAAAUCUUAAGGAGCAACAUCCUAGUUUUCAACCAACUGUAGCAGUGAUACAACUAACUUCGAAAGCAGAAAAUGAUACUGUUGCUACUUCAUGUAUAAAAUAUGUUCUAAACCAGUGUGGAAUAACUGCAGAUGUUGUACACAUUUCUCCAGCAAGUGAAACUUCUUCAGUUAUAAAUGUGAUUCAAAAACUGAAUUGCGAUCCUGGUGUGCAUGGAAUAAUAGCCGAGUUACCUGAUGAGUAUGAAGUUUCAGCUAAGAUCCUAGAUACCAUUUCACCAUGUAAAGAUGUUGCAGGAAUGAAACAAAAGCAUAAUGAAAAUUUAAUUGAAGUUGAGUCAUUUUCUUCUUGUGCUGCUUCUGCUGUUAUAGCAUUAAUUAAAAAUACUGAAUUACCUUUAGAAAAUGCAAAUGUUUUUGUUCUUGGAAAGGAAAGAAUUGUUCUUCCUAUAUCAGAGAUAUUACUAAGCCAAAAUGCUGUUGUUUCAGUAUGCAGAACAGCUCAUGAGAAGGUUCCAGCAGGAGUAAAAGAUUCUGAUGUUACAAUUGUUACUUCUAAAUCUACAAAUGAUCUUUGGAAGUAUGUUAAAUCUGGAGCCAUUAUUAUUAAUUGUGUUGCUGCUUCUGGAGGUAAACUUACUCAACAUACUUAAAUUGACACCUUAUUGUUGUAAGAUUGCUUUUUAACUUUAAUGUUCGUUUAAUAUAAAGAAAGAUUUUUUUUUUCCGUGCAUCAACUUGAUGCUUGUUUAAAUAAUCAUGUGUUCAAAGCAAAAAAUGCAUAAUCAAUAUAAUCAAUAUUGUCUUGUCGUAAUGAAUGCUUGUACUGGCCCACACAGAUGUGGAAAAAUUUGCAUAUUAUAAUUAUGUAAUUAAAAACAGAAAAUGGUUUCGUAAUUGAUAAAUGUUGAAGAAAUUCAGAAACCUGAAUUAUAAAUUGAGCAAAAUUUUGCCUUAGAUUGUUAUAUAUUGUAAAAAAGAUCUAAAUGAGAGGAUAUGGUUCUCAUCUAUCUCAGUGGGCAUUUUAUAAUGCAUAGAAGAUUUUUCCAAAAUUAAUGGUAUUCUAAUAUCAAGUUUUUAAUAAUUUUAUAAUUUUUAUAAUUGAGAGUCCACUU